GUUACAGUGACUCGAACAGAGAAGAGAGCGGAGCUGAUGAACUGAUCUCUUACACUGUCUGUUCUCAUUGAACACAACGCUCCCUGACCUGUUGAUCAAGGCGGCACACCGCCAGGAAUAUCUAACUUGAGAAUUCGCUUGUUUUAUGAGUUAUUUUGUGCUGCGUGGCGCCUCUGUUCACCGUCGGACUGUGUUUUGUGUCUAAUUGAUGAUUCUGUGCUCAUUAAAGAAAAAAUAUUCGGAAAAAAUACGGACGCGUCUGCAGCGGUUGCAGAAAGCACGUGAUUACGACGCGACCGUUCAUUGGUCGGCGACACAGUCAUGGACUCGAAGGUCUCCAGCAGUGCUCGUUACACGGUCCGCUCUGCAGUCUGAGGAGACUGUCUGUCAAACAUGGAGCGCUGGAAGGGCAGAGUGGCUCUGGUCACGGGGGCCUCGGUGGGAAUCGGAGCUGCCGUAGCGAAGGCGCUGGUUCAGCACGGCAUGAAGGUGGUGGGCUGCGCCAGGAGCGUGGACAAAAUAGAGAAACUGGCAGCAGAAUGUGUCAGCUCCGGCUUCAGUGGCACUCUGAUUCCAUACAAAUGUGACCUGUCAGUCGAGGAGGAGAUUUUAUCCAUGUUCUCUUCCAUCAAAUCAUUACAUCGAGGCGUCGACGUGUGCAUCAACAAUGCUGGUUUAGCUCAUGUGGCGCCUCUGUUAAAUGGCAAAACCAGUGCCUGGAGAAACAUGAUUGAUGUGAACGUUCUUGCACUGUCAGUCUGCACUCGUGAAGCCUAUCAGUCCAUGAAAGAAAGAAACAUCGAUGAUGGCCAUAUCAUCCACCUAAACAGCUUGUCUGGACACCGGGUGGUGCACAGUGCCGACUCGCACUUCUACACUGCCACCAAAUACGCUGUGACCGCUCUCACAGAAGGCUUGCGGCAAGAACUACGGGACGCCAAGUCUCACAUACGUACCACAUGCAUAUCUCCUGGACUAGUGGAGACAGAAUUUGGUUUCCGAUUCUAUAGCGGCAACCCAGGAAGAGCUGCAGCCAUAUAUGAAGGGAUCAAGUGUCUUCAAGCAGACGAUGUCGCCAGUGCUGUCUUAUAUGCCCUGAGUGCCCCUCCACAUGUUCAGAUUGGAGAUAUACAGAUGAGGCCUGUGGAGCAAGUGUUUUGACUGACUGAGUGAAUUCAGCACAGCUGUAUGAACUGUAGGGGAUUGAAGCUCUUACUUAAACAUUGAUAUAGCUUAAUUUAUAUACCAAGAUUUGUAUCCGUGAAACUGAUUAAAAACACUAAUACUACUACUAAAAUAAUAAUAAGAGUAACAUUUUAGUGAAAUGCACCUGCAAUCCAAUAAAUCAUGUAUUCAGCAGUUUUAAGCUUAAUUUGCACUAUUUCUGACUUUUAUACCAUAAUUUGUAUCAGUAAAACUGAUUAAAGCAG